CCUUCGUUCCCACGAUCCGCACUUAAAGGUGGAUCGCAAGGGACCACGAGUGACACUGAUCGAACUGAGCUCGAUUGGAUUGCUGGCAUUCACAUGUCGGGAACGUGCAACGUUUCUAGAGCUCGUUCGAGUGUACGACAAUAAGCAAGGAAGUAAAAAUAAAGAACAGAGGGAGCGGCGAACUUCUUUGAAACUUUGUUCACGUGCAAAGAUCGCGUUGUUCGUUGUCAGUGAAAUAUUGCAAAAAAAACGACUGAACGUGGCGUGAGUCGUUUCACGAUAGAUCCUUGUAUGUGUUUUUAGCUGAUUUUUCAUUGAAAAAUGAUUGGAGUAUUCGUGAAAUAAAUCUUAAGAAUAUAAUCUUGAUAAACGAUACGAAAUUUCUGGUCGGGUACUAAAGGGUAUGAUCUCGCGGACAUAAGUCGAUGUUUCACCGGCGUUUCGUUCGUGAGGGAAAAUGUGUCGAGUCGUGUUCGAUAGAAAGCGUGCAUGGUCGACGGAAUAAUAAAAAGGAGAAAAAAGAUAACGUUUCACAGCGGUUAGGUUAGCCACGUUAAUUUCUGCUUCGCACCGAUCCGUCUGUUCAACGAAUUGCUCGAUACCCAAACCGUUAGAUUUUUGUAAUCACGUGAAUCUUCGUAUGGUGUGCCACUGUAUCUUCUGUUCCGCCAGAGAGUGCUGGGAAAAUUGAAAAUUAUGCAAACAUAAUUUUCAUCGUGGCGCUCAGUUUCAUCCACGCUCACGCCAGAGGCAUACAUCGUGCGUGUAUUAUUCUGCAAAGUUCAUUGUCAUCGGAGAAGCGCACCGGCGUAAUUUAAGUAAAUUUUUCAGCUAUAUAUUCUUCCCCCUUAUCGCCGAUUUUUCUUCCCGUUUUCGUUUCUUAUUUUUCUCUUAAACGUUAAUAUUUCUGGCUUCGAUAGAACUUUGCCAUGUUUUAAUAAUUUAGCUUCCACAACUUCGUACCUUGUUGUGAAUAUUUCAUCUUCGCUUCUGUAUAUUUCCUCUGUCCCUAUAGUUUACUUUGCUUUCUCCGUUUUAUCGAAUCACGUAGUUACAUUUCCUUCUCGAACACGACGCUUUCUUCUCGCAACUUUUCUUUAUCCUUCCCAUCCUCCGCUGAUGCAAGUUCGCCUUCAAAAUUUCAUUGGAAGCUCAAUUUCUCGCUAGCAAUAAUAAUAACUGGAAGCUUUCGGGGUGAUUACGAGCAUACGAAGUUGGAGACCGAGUCGAAAGUUGCUUCUUGCCCCUCCCCUCCAACCCUCCAAAGCGUUUCUCGAGCGUGUUGUCGGUAGUCGACCGCGAGCAGGGUCGAAGCAAUUACGUGCUGGCUCUCGAGUGUUUCGCUCAUAAUAUUUAUUUGGAAGCGAGGCGAACGGUUCGUGGAUUUGCCGGUCCGCGGGACGCAUAAUCGCGCGGCCUGAAAAUCUGUGCCGUUAAAUGAUUUUUAAUCGCGGCCCAUUAAAUGGAGUGCAUCAAAAUUACAUGAAUAUUUACGCCGCGGCGCUCGACGAAAUUGCGUUUUAAGCGAUCCACCGGCGCCGUCCUGCGAAAAUUGCAUAUUAAACGUCCGGCCCGUUAUAAUGUAAACUGAUUUGCGUAAGUAAGUCGUGUAACGAUCGAUUAAUUAACAGUAACGGCGAAAGUGCGCGCAAAGUGUUCGCGAUUGGGAUUUUUGUUCCACGAAUCGGACGUUCGUUUUGAUAAACUCGUUACGUUUACGGUCGCGAAAAUCGUACUAAUCGGAGAGGAAAAGUCCGAAGAAAGCUUUCAAACGUUCGACCAACGACAUUUUUUCAUCGGCGAUCCACGCACGCGCGUAUGUGGCGUUAUUAACGUGUGUCUCGUUGAAGCUGUGUCGCAUGAAUAUGAAUCGUCGCAACGUUAAUGCAACGCCACUGGGAACGUACGUUUCCCGAAUGUCGCCACGGUGAUUACAUAAUUUAUGACGAGACCACGGCUGCAUCACGUGGCCACCAGACGACUUGGACCAACAAAAAAUAGGUCGACAAAAUCACAAUCUCGCAGCAAAGAUAGCGAGAACGUGGAGAGAGCAGAGACAAAAGGCCGAACGAAAAUCGUGGUGUGGAGAUUGAACCGAGGUCGAACGUAUUCGUGUAGAAACAAAGUAUCGUGACGCGCCUUUGUGAGACCGUGAAACGGGGCGACAGGGCACAGAUUUUUCAUUCGUGAUGAUCGUGCACGCGUAUGAAACAGAAGAACGUGGUUUCAGGGAAGGAGACGCGAGGUGUAGCCCCGCGUAAAUCAAAACUGACGUGGAAAUGAAGACUCUGUCGCGAUGAAAAGUAACUCGGGACAAAGUUCCGUCGUAUCGUCGCCCCGGCAAGAUGAAAAACAGGAUGCGGAAUAAAGUGGCGCUAAUUCAAAAGUUUCUCUAAUUUCAAAGCCGAUAAUACUACGGACAAUUUAACCGCGAACUUCGAAACGCACGAAAACAGAUGCUCGUUCACGGAUCAUUAACCUCUCCAAGUCUGUGUCGACUGUACGAAAUCACCGCGAGUUUAACUUACUACUUGCGCGGCUAAUUACUUAUGAACGAUUCGUUUAAACGUUACGUUGAUAAAUCUAGAUACACGACUUCGAUUUUGUUGUAUAAUUUUCACGUAUUUGAUUUUACGUAUUUGAAACUAGUUGCCGGAGGAGGGUGGAACGGAGGCAGUUCGUACUUAGAUUACCAGAAUAAUCAGAGAAAGAGAUUAAACGAAGUAUAAGGCGAAAUAUUGUAGAAUUAUUGGCUAUGUUUGUUCGGGGUAGAAAUAAAAUCGACGAUACAGCGGAUCGGUGUUUAAAGAAAAGAAAUCGACAGUAGAGACGGAAACGUCGGUAAAGAUGAUAUUAAGGCAGAGAACUGAUUGAAACGUGGGAAAUGGCGAUUGUCGAGGCUGUUAGUGAGAUGAGUGCGACUCGUUUGAGUGCGUGGUUCGGCACUGUUCUGUUCGUGGCUACGACGCUCGUUCACUCUCAGGUCACAUGGACGCCGAUCUACGUGGGCUCUUACAGUCAAGUGGACCUUUGGACACAAACGACAAACGGCUGCGCGUGCAGUUUUAAUUCGUCCAGCAACGAGUGUGCGUGCUGCGUUCCAUCCGGAGGAUGCAGCUGCGGAGCUGCGUCGCCGGAUAGAUGCGCCCAAUGCGGCUUGGAGCAAUACUGCGCUAACAUGUGCAACAUAACGUUGGACAGCAGACAGUUGUUCAGCAAAUCGGAUCGCGGCUUUGGGCAAAUAAAAUCGCCGUCCCUUGAAGGACCAUCAAGGUGUACCUACAGGUUUGUGCCGGACACUGGCCAGCGAGUCGAGUUGCAGAUCUAUCGACUGAUCUCCAUCGGACGACAUAACGGCACAGCGUGCGAGGGUGGUUGGCUUCAACUCGAAGGUGGUGGUCGGGUUUGCGGCCCCAAUGAACGUUUCGAUCGACCUGUUGUGCUGUUCUCCGAUAGAUCAGUUCCCAUCCUCCAUAUGCAAAUAAACGAAAGCACCACAAGAUCCCAAUUCCUGGCGUACUUCAGUUUCUCGUCCAAAGCGAGCGUAUCCGUUGGUUGGCCAGUAAAAGGCGGAGAUCCGAAGAACAACACUGAGUGCGACUGGUAUUACAAGGAUACCGAUUGCCUGGACGGAUGCGUGCUAGCGAGCCCUGGAUAUCCUGGCCUGUAUCCUCCGAACAUCCGGUGUCUCUACUCGAUUACUUCCGGCCCACGGAUGUCCAUCGCGAUUAACUUCACCGCCGUGCUUCUGCCUGAAAAGCACUGCACAAGCGACUACAUUGCCGUAUACUCGGGUUCAACAACGUCAAGUCCCCUUCUCAAGAUGCUCUGUUUCAAGAAUAAAACGUCGUUGACGUACAGUGGCCGGAAACUGCUGGUCGAGUUCAGAUCGGGCCCGGAAGUACCGCCAUUCGAUUAUAACGGCUUUGUCGCCACUCUUCAUUUCAUUGAAAUCACCACGGAAGCUCCUACCACGGUUAUCAUGGAUAGCACAGAUAGAAGCUUGGAUAUGAGCAAGUCGUUUAGCGGCGCAGGAUAUAAUACGCGCUAUAACAAUCGAGACCUUCAGGAUCAUCGAAAAGAUCAGGGCUCAGUAUCAAACAGCUGCAAUCUGGAGGUGAAUGGUGAGAAAGUCAGAGCUGGCCACCACGAUACCAGAGGCAAACUGAAGUCCACCACGUGCAGACUCGUGCUUCAUGGACGUGCUUAUGACACUGGACACGUCUCGUUAUCCAGUUUUAAUCUCAGUGCUCCGGAUUGCCAAUCGUCGAUCGAAAUAUUCGACGGCCUUCCCGAAGGAGGGACGCUUGACACCGCGAAAUCCCUCAGGAAAAUCUGCAGCCCUAGCCAUGAGCUUCCACCGGAAUUCGUGCAACAAGAUACGUAUGUCGAGCCGAAAAGGUACUCGUCUAAUGGCAGAGAUAUGACGGUCGUUCUGAGACGAGCCACCAAUGGCCUCACCGACGAGGAAUACAUGGACGUCUCUUAUUACUUUCACGAUGAACGCGAGGGUGGCACUCAACAGCCGGCCAGCGUGUGCGACGUCGAAUAUUACGGGCUGACGUCACCGGUGAAGGGUUCCGUGGUACAUCCGGAGCCUCACCGAUUAUUCGCCAUGGAGGGCCCCAUAAAAUGCAGGCAGCACUUCAUUCCAGCAGCUAAUCAGUCGGUCAUCAUUCGCAUUGAGAGCAGCUCGAAGCAGGGUCCGAACAACCCUUGCCAGACCAAGUGCGGAGACAGCGGCUGUCACUGUGUCAGCAACAUAACCCUGGAGAACGUGGACCAUCUUUUGCUUGUCUCUGAAACCGGUCACAUCGUCACCUGCCUCUGUGGAAAUUAUCAGGACUGGCUGCCGGUCGGUAUCCGUAGUUGGACACCAGUGUACAUCGAAUGGUCGAGGUCCUCGAAGGCAGGCCUCAAUUUCCGUGCGGCUUACGAGUUUAUCAAGGACACUUACUGCGGUUAUCACACAACGACCAAGCCGGAAGGCGAGGUCAAUGGCGGUGACCUGGCCAGCAGUGGCUUAAAGCUCAAUCAGUAUUACCAACAGAGGUGCACGUGGAUCUUAGACUCUUUGACGGAUCGACAACUCACUAUCGAAGUGAAAUCUGGCCAAAGCCGUCCUUGCACCGCCUGGAAUUUAACAAUACACGAAUACAGCAAGAACGGCGAUCCAGCUGGACUCAGAUUGCACACAUUCUGCUCGAGAAAUAUCCACAAAAAUUUCACCCUGCCAUGGAAAACGAACACCGUGGUGGUUAGAUUGCAGGCUCUAGGAAGGACAGCACCGGAAUACACGAUGAAAUGGCGCAGUCAGUUUGUAAUCGCAAACACGCACAAGAGCGAACCGUCACCCCCACCGGUACCGAAUCAUGUGCUCCGCUCCUCAACCGGAAACAGGUCACGGGAAGCGCGAAUCCUAAUUCUGUUCGCGAUACUCCUCGCCUACGCGGCCGGUUGUUGAGUGGAUCAACUCAACACACCGUAUCCAUACACGUUCCUGUUCACAAUGAGAGGCAAACUACUGCGAACGAGCCUAAGACUUUUAAUAAUGUACACUGCUCACACACACACACACAUACACACACAAAAUAUCAUACUAACGAGGUUCGUGUUUCCUCAAAAAAAAACUUCUUUCAGCUAUUCAGUUCUCUGAAAAAUAAAAUAUAAUGUAAAGUUUAAAAUAGUAAAGCGUUUAAAGAGCGGAACGAUGAUCGCGUAAAGUGAGGCGCACUUUAUGGAAAUUUGAUAAAGUUUCGUGUUAGUUUGCUGAAAUAUUACGUUCGCUAGCAUUGUGGAGAACUUGGCCGUAAAAGUUUCAGAACCACCGCGCUGGUAAUCACGGAGCACACUUUUGAUAAAAUAUUGAAAUCAAUCACCAUGAAUUUACCUCGCUUUUAUAUCGUACGAGAAUUCUAUGUAUUUAUAUCGAAUAGAUCGUUUGAAAAUAAUUACCGGUUAAACGAAGCCCUUUGGACGGUAAUAUUCAGCAAUUAAUUUGUAAAAGUUUAUUAUCCGGUUUGCAACUCAGUUUUUCAGGUAGAAUGGAAAUUCGUCGUCCCGAUAUAAAUGUCGAUUAAUAAAACGCGUAAUGAAGAUUAAUUCGCAAUCGCAAUUUCACGCGAGGCAAGGCCAUCGAAUAUGACUGAUCGAAGGACACGAGAAUUCCGAAACAAUUUAGUCCAAGUUUUUCAAGUAUUUUUCGAUUACUAACAUUUUAACAUAUUGAACGUGUUCGGUGCCGUCACGUGCCGGUGGAUGUUGAUAAAGUUAAAAUUUCAUCGGAUAAAUUGACACAGAUAAGGGAACGUUAUUGGCGAAGAAUGAAAGGCAUGAAAUCGAAUUUUGGAAUUUCACGCUCUAGUCGAAUUAUAUAUAUAUAAAAAAUAAAUUAAACGCGAAUCAGAAAGAGAAAAAAUAUAUAUAUAUAUACUAAAAAUCAGUCGGUGUAUACCACUCGUUUUAACUAUAAGAGUCUAAUAGAGCAUGUACAUAUUAUACAUACAUAUGCAUAUACAUACAUAAAUCUAUACAUAUAGAGGAUGAGACGUUCACGAAGAAACAUUUAAAUGCAUCCAUCGUCAUUAAUAUCAUUGAACUGUUUUUAAUUUCCUCUUUAAUUUUAUAAAUACUAGGAUUAAGUCAAUUUAAAAUUUCAUCAAUUGGCGUGAACUAUCGUAAAAUCAGAAAUUGCUUUUUCUAUUCUUUAUAUGCUCAGAUAUAUUUAACGUUUCUUUCUAGACGUCACAUCCUGCGAACGCGUAUGAAUAUAAUUGUAGCGAUUUAAAGUAAGGAGAUGAAACAAGGGGGAAGAAAACGCGAUGCACGGAUUUGAAGUAGCAAGAAAUCACGCGUCAUCACUUUCACGCAAAUGCCAAAAUAAACGUGUAAGAAGAAGUUCUAUAUAAUUAUAGGUUCUUGUACAUACGUGGAUAGAAUAGGUAGGAUUUGUACAGAGUAUCACGAACUACGUUAAGACCUCAGCAUUAUUGUAAAUUACAAUUUACCGUAAAACAUGGCGCGAGCCCGCGAACGAAGACAGAUUGUAUUUUAACGAACGAGCUUCGAGUGCCCGAGGCACAUUUCGAAUAAUUGUUAACGCGUUCGUCCGGAAGUUCAUCGAAAAUCUCUUCUUGCUUGCUUAAACAAAAGAGGGGAAAAAAGAUAUUCGCUGAUGAAAUGAAUAAUAAAUGAAAAAAAAUUUCCGAAGAAUAUUUUACGAAGAAGAAAUUAUUUUGAUUUACUUUCGGAGACGCGAUUGGUCGUUAGAUUAAGAUGGAAAUAAAGGCUAGACUGUGAAUGUUUAAUAUACGUAUUGACUAAGAAGGAAAAUAUUAAACUAAACAGGCAAACAGGCUAAUUGAAUUAAAAAGAACCAUCCAACGGUGCGGAAAUGUUUCCACCGGUUUUCAUACGUUUUACAACGCCGUCGUAUUACUACCAUUAUUUAUACAGAAUAUUAUGAGUAAUAGUCUUUGUUUCUGAAUAAUAAUAUGCCGUGGUUUAUGACUGUAUGGUAUGGCGAAUUCUGUUAUUUAUCUUAUGUCGUCUUUUUAUACUCUACGAUAACACGAGCUGUAUUAUUUCGCCGUGAAAUAAUACAGUUACCUUACCAGAGAUUUUAAUGCCUGUUAAAACUUCUGAUUAAACCGUGACACGUAUUAGAUGGUCUCGUGUUCCACGAGAUUCGUCGAAUCAUUACGAACCUUCGACGUUAUCAAUUGAUCUCGAUACUCUCAUUAACAUUUCAAGCUUUCGUUCAUUGCGUUCGAAUAAAUAUAAUUUGCACGAUUUGUCGUUAAAAUUUUUUUUUUAAUAAAUAAUAGAUAAACGGGUGCAUUAAGAAUUCGAUAUUAAUUUUGGAAUUGUUGAGAAUUGAUUUACAUUAGCGAAUAGAAAGACUGAAUUUUAUCAGAGUGCAAUUUAUAUGUAUAUCAUUAGAAGGCUGGUAAUGAUCGAUCCGACUAAUUAAUACGAAGGAUAGCAGUCUAACCGCGUUGAUGCAUACGCAUGUUAAGAUUUGUAUAAUAAACGAACAAGGUCGAAUAGAAUAUUCGGCAAUCUCUUUUCCGCAAUCCUCGUCGAAACAGAGAUGAAAGUCAGACUGUAAUUAAUCGGCGUACUAAAACGAGAGUAUCGUUAUAGGAGAAAAGAGAAGAAGAGGUGCACGUUUAAUAAAUGUAAUUAAUGUCGGCCAGCGAAGAGGGGCAUGUGAUUUAAGUGACUUGUGUUUGAAAUCGGUGAAUCGUUUCUCGACAGAGAUUUCGUUUGUUCGUUCGUAAAGAAUCGUCUCUUAACGAGAAACCAAGAGAAACGAAAUUACGUGUGUACCGUUCCUUUUUAAGAUUACUCGAUCACGUCCUCACAACGAUUGUAAUGCGAUCUGUUCCUUCAAUGGAUGUACCGGUUUUGCACAAGGCACGUCUAACUUACGAAAAAAAGAUAUAUGUUACAUAUAUGUACUAGCCGCGUAUACUUAAGUCACAAUAAAUAGUCAAUUGUUUCAUAUAAAGUACGAAUAAAAUAAAACAGAAACUACGCGCUGUUUGUGAAUUUCCACCUGAAUGUUUGUCAUAGCGCACCAAAGUCCUGAAGGCUCCGGGAUAUUUAACUUUUGAAUUUCAUCCUUACUUUUACCAAAUGUAUGUGGCAUUAAAAGAAACAAUGGGUGAAAUGAGUUUUUUAUUUUACGUAAAACGAAAGAAACCAAUCGAUACGUUCUCUUAUAAAUUUUUCGUGGUGGCAGAAAUUUGGUGUAAGGAAAAUUAAUCGAUGGAUCUCAGAUUUCUGUUAUGUCUAUAAUCAUCUCUAACUUCACAUAGUGUCAGGGAAAUCGAUGGAUAAAAUUUACCAACCAUUGACAUUGAGUGGACCGCAAGAAUUCUAAAAUCCCUGAAAUCAGCCGAAUUGGCUAAUAAUUAAUUAGCCAAAAUCGGUUAAUCGGAUUACCAUUUACUGGAUAAUCUCAAACACAAACGAACUUAGUGUCAUUUUCCUUUAAAAUAUCUUACUCAACCACGCGUAAAGGUUGAUUAAUUCGUAGGGUUGAUUUGAUAAAAAAAGGACGAUUUAUUCACAUACGAGUUUUAAUACAAUCUACAUACAUAUUUAUACAUCCUACGGUCGAAAGAUGAAACAUGUACAUCUACAGGUAACGCAUCUGCGAUUUAUUUUAUCCUCUCUGAUGCAAGGUGAAAGUCUUAAAUAACAAUUCGCUAAUAUCCCAUAAGAUUGGCUCAGACAGAAACGACGUUUCGAGUUAUAUCGUAAUUGUACUCUCAACACGUACGAUUCAUGGAGUGUGACAAACAUUCAACAAAAUGUAUCCAUAUAUACAAUACAUCUAAUUUCGCUAUUUAAAAGGAAAGAAAAAGAAAAUUAUAUAUCAACAUACAAUAUAUUCAUAUACAUAUACGUAUAAAUGUUUAUAUAUAUAGACAGAGACGUUGGAUAUCGUCCGAGAUAAAAUACGUUAGUGGAAAAUAAACUUUCAACGAAUCGAAAAACGUAACUAUAUAUUGCACACGAUCUUCGUAAGUGUCUCCGGUGCAUAAUAUAACAAUUCCUAUAGAUUUCCAUCCAACAUACUUCGGAUACAACAAUUAUCUUAAUUUAUAUCUUACGUUCAAACGCGAACAACGAUAUUUAUUGACAUUGAUUUAUAAAUAUUAACGAGUAAUCACAUGAAAAUCUGCCACACGAUGACCGUUCGAAACAAUCACCAUAACCGUGUAUCUAUAUUUUCCGCAACUGUAAUAUAUUUAAUUGUUUACCAACAUCAGGCAAAUAGUAAAUAAGCAUCAAAAUUUUAAAAUGAUUAUCCUGUCCUUUGCUUUCUAAUUCUUUAUGAACUCAUUCAUAACGUAACAUCUAUUUGUUUAGAAAUUUGUCACACGUCUCGUAAAUUACAUAAAAUCAGUAAAAUCUUCAAUAACUUUUAUAACAUCCUAAUGCUUAGAAAAAAUAUUUGUUUCGUUAAAAUUUCCCUACGCACGUUACUUGCAAAUCUGUGCGUGUUUUUUUUUUUUCAUAACGAUACGAAAAUUGGGAAACUCAGAAAGACUCGUCGAGAGGAUCUUUCGAAAUCAUUCCGCGCAGAUCCUAAAAACAAGUAAUUAAAAAGGGUCUCUAUUUUACAAACUUAAACAUCUAUAAACACAACCAAAAAAACUGACUAAUCUAUAAAAUCAAUUAGACAGUUAUUAUACAUACACAUUCUAUGGCUAUAAAAGACAACACAUU